CCGAUUUUCCCUUUCCACGUGAACUUUCAUUACACCAGGAACACAGUCGGGAAACUUAUUCAACCUCUUAUGCUUCGAAAUUUUUAUUUCUUGUCACUAACAUCUAGUUAUUUCAACGAGUCAUCUGUUUUUUGUUUUGUUUUAUUGCCUCAUUAUGCCUGAUAAUCGUAUAACCUAUCCAGGCGCGUUUAUGAAAAGCUUACAACCUUUCGCUGCACAUGUUGAGAUGAAGUACAAUGAGAGACAUCGCGCAUGUUAGCAAUCUGCGUUGAAGAGAAUGAACAUUAAUCGUAUGUCGAUUCUUGAGCUGCUAAAUUCCAACUGCCGAUCACUAGUUUACAAUGUGGACUAUCUUCGAUUCCUACUAUAGUAGGAAUCGAAGAUUACGACAUAUAUUUUGUCUUAUAAGACAAAAUAUAUGUCGUAAUUGUGGUGUCAUCGCAAUUCAAGAAUCUUGGUUGAGUGAUUUGCGAGGCGAUUGCUUGGUAUCACCACGUGAUUUCACUAUCUAUCGUCAGGAUCGACCGAACGACAAAAAGAUCUGUGGCGUCAGUGUGGAUACGUUUGUAGCUGGUUUCGAUAAACUUUUGUAUGUUUCAAGUUUUAAAAUGACUUUAUUGACUGUCUAACUUCAAGACUCCGUUAGAAACAGCUGAGUAAGUACAAAUAUGUUUAUUUUAACAACAUCUACAUGACUCCAGACUGCACACCAUCUGCGCAGUGAGACUAUAAUUUAUAGACGAACCAAUCAGAUUUAGGAUAACACGUCUUAAAUUUUGGCUCGAAAUUCACUCACUCAUUCGUCCAUAUAGCGUCUUGGCAUUUUAGCUGAUGUCAUUUCGUGAUGAAAACCAUAGAUCUAAAUUUUAACCCUUACCAUUAACUGUAAAUCAUUGUCUUUAUUCUUCAGAACUGCUUAAUAACCUUCGUUUAGCCCUUACAAUUAGGUAGACUCUCUCAGGUCACGUUUGCGUUGCUCAGACGUCAUCCAUAAAUUACAGCCUCACUAUCUGCGCAAUCUGUUUUCUCUUAUGAAUUCACUGAAUUCGCUGUUACUACAUUCAGUGGUUCACUUUCUGUUGUAUGUGGUGCUUUCAAUUCAUCACUAGGUCACCCAAAUGUAGUAGAAUAUCCUACUCGUUUAAAUGCUAAAUGGAGAAUCUUUAAAGAACAUACAGGUGACAGGCACAUUCGGAGAGAUUUUCAGCUGAAUAUUUGUGACUGAAAUAAGUCUUUUGUACGUCAGUCAUCUGAUGUGAUACUCCCUAUAUCCAAAGGUGUAAAGAAUAAUUGUGUUCGUAUUUUUACUCAAACUGAUGUCGGAAAAUGUCUCCGGUCACUUAAAUCAUUCCAGUGUUUAGGAAUUGAUGAUAUCCCAAACUCCCUUUUUUAAAAAUGUGCUGACGUUCUAUGUUGUUCAUUCACGAGUAUCUUCAACAGAUCCUACUCAACUAAUAUCAUACUGAAAAUAUGAAAAAAUAUAAAGAUACUCCUUAUACCUAGGAAAGUAUCUGGUGAUAAGAAUAUGGCAAUAACUUCACCUUCCUCAAAACAAUGGAUAAAUUAUUAUUACUCCCACUUCAGUCUCCACUAAAAGAGCACGUUGAUCUGCAUGCGUUUGCUUACAAAUGCAAAAGAAACACCUUGGAUGCCGUUCUUGUUCUGCACCACACUGUAGUGUUCAGCUUGGAAAAAGGUAAGAAGUAUGUUUGAUGCGCUUUUUCGGACUAUUCUUCUGCUUUUGAUUCUAUCUCAAGACAACUUUUGCUUGACAAGUUAAUCAGCGUCAACACUGACAGCUGGCUAUGUUCCUACCUCUCUAAGACAGAACAGUACACUGUGUUCAGAGGGAAGAGUUCGACGUCUCUAUUGUCUCAUGAAGGUGUACCACAAGGAGCCGUUCCUUCAUCACCUCUUUUCUCAUUUUUCUGCACGAUGUCAUCUUCCACAGAAAACACUUUUGUGAAAUAUGCAGACGGUCUCACUGUAUGUAUGCCGAUUUCUACCUCUUCACAUCCCAUAGAAAUGAGUGAGUUUUUGUCUCGUAUUGAAUGGUGGUCUGUUGUUAAAGGUCUCAUACCUAAUACGUCUAAAUGUCAAGCUGUUAACUUUGUCAUGAGACAUGAACAGCACCCAAACACCAUUUUUGGGUCCCAUAAUGCUUGUGUCAUUGGAGACUCUUUGAUAAACACUGUGUUGAAGGUCAAUUAUCAUGGUGAUACCUCUCCCUCUGUUGGUCGUCUCAUGUUUCACUGUUAUUGAAGGACGUUUAUCGUGACAUACUAUUUAAAGAGGUUGUGUGCUUUUGAGAUUACUCGUCAUUUACUGUUACAAUUUGUCAAUCCCUGCAUAUUGCCUAUUACUCUUCACUGUUCUACAUUAUUCUUUCUCGGGCUUUUGAGAAAAGACUUUGCUGUAUUGUGGAGAGUGCUGAAGGCAGUUAGCAAGGCGUGUGGUGAAUCUUUCGCUAUCAUUAUUAAUGUGUUUGUGGAUAGACAUCUAAAUUCUUGCAAAUUCCUUUCAGGUGUUGUCUUGUCAGAUACUAACCAUCUCGUUCGUUUACAUCUUUCGCUUUGUAUAUCUUCUGGUAAAACGAGAGGUCAAUACAUCAAAGCCCAUGCACGCAAGCGAAGGUAUGGAAGUUCUGUAAUACAUUACUUAGCAAAUAUACUCUGUGAUGAACAGGUUAUUAGAGUUGACCUGAUCAAUAACACGAAUUCGUAAGCAUAUGUCUAAUUGAGAAUUUGUACUAAUUCAUAUCUUUUUAUCAUCUUUUUCUUUUCUCUUUUUUUGUUUUUUGUAAAAGAAACUUGUUGAAAUUGUUGAAUUUCACAAUGAAUUUCUUUGGAUGUCCACUAUUUAUUGCGUUUUUCCAGAAUAGUCAAUUCGUUAUUUAGUUUAUCACUAGAGCAUAACAUUCUGACUAUACAAAAGAACGUUUCAGCUAGACAUCUUUUAUAUGAGAUAGAGCAAAAUCUGUUAUAUCUUAAUUACCUUGCAGUUCAUGUUUUCUUCCCAUGCAUACCUUCCUCAAGAGUUCCAUCGUUUUCCUUGUUUAAACUGAGAUCUAAAAAGUUGAGUUGAUUAUUUCUCUCAUAUUUCAUUGUAAAUUUUGUAUGAGAGUUACUGAAGUGUCAAAGCAGCCGAGAAUUAUGAUGACAGAUAACGUAUAACUCAUCGACAUAAAUGGAGUUGUAUUUCAUCGUCUAGAUUUCGUGUUUGAAUUUCGUUUGUUCUAGAAUGAUCUAGAUGAUGAUAUUGAUCAAGAUAGACGCCAGCGGUGAUCUCAUGAUCACUAUAAUUGUUUAUUUGUAUUACUGACUUUCGAUUUGGAAAUGAACUGUUUUCAUGGGAAGUAAUGAUAAUUUUCUUACUGAACCGACUGGUGUUUGAGCACCAUUGAAAACGUGCAAACACUGUACAGCCUUUUCGUCCUGUUUCGAAUCCUGCUAGAGGGAUCGUGGAUGCGCACUUCUGAGGACUCCCACAAUAGGAUGAAACGGCCAUUCAGUGCUUCCAGGUUUUCAAUGGUGGUCUAACAUCAACCAGUUCAUAAUAUCAAUCGAAAAUGUAAUAAUCUCCACAACUCCGUACUGGUAAUUUUCUCAGUUCACUUUUCGUGAAAGGUAGUAAUCCAGAUUGUUUGCGUAGUACAUCGAUAGUUUUUUCUGAUGGGAUACUCGUAAAUAAUGAGCAAACAUCAAGAGAUACCAUUAAUAUAUCUGAUAUAUUCAAUUGAUCCAAAUUUAGUUUUGGAAAACUCAAAUGUGUAUCUUAAACUAUGGACCGUCAUUUUUCUACGAAUCGGUUCUAAUAAUUCAGUUAAUCACUGAUCUAACUUAUGAUAUGGUAAGUUUACCAUAUACACUAUAAGCUGGGUUUGUGUUGCUUAGGUAGAACACACACACACACACACCCUCAAAAGACAGUAGUGAUCCUUUUACUUUCAGAUUGUUGUAAGUUCCAUUAUCAAUGAGUUUCAAUGUUUCAAACGAUUCUCACGAUGUUUAGUGACUCGGUUUUCGAUUGUCGUAAUGAUAUCUUUUCUUGAUUUGUAACGUUUAAACUUUGAUAUAUCGUUGAGAAUUUGGAACAUUUCGAACACAUCAAUUCGUCACCUCGUUGUCAUAACACCGGUAUACUUAUCUGGUCCUACUUUAAACAUCUUAAGUUCUUCAACGAUGACGUAUAUACUUUUGUUGAAAGUUCUCAAUGUGGAGUCGCACAAGUAUAGAUUUGUAUUGAUUUGUAAUAUCACUCGGUUUGUAUUUAAUCCAAUCAUUUCUGUCUUCACCUACAGGUUUCAGGUCAGUAAAUUGAUGGUAUCUGCUUUCAAAUUACAUUUGUAUAUCAUAUAGAACAUGAAAAUUAGUUUUAAGAGAGAGAAAGAGAGAGCUCCAACUUCGUUUUUGUUUAGCCAUAUGCUUAACAGAUUAUGAAAAUAUUUCUCCGGGGAUUCAUGGAAUUCUUCAUGUGUUAUUUCUUUCACUAUGUAUUUCAUUAAUGAAUUGUAAAAUGAUUUGGACGUGUUACGUUGUAGGUCUUGAAUGAAUUUCGCCGAUGUAAUUUGGCAAAUGAUUCCUAAUAGUUGAAUUAAUGAAUCAAUUGAAGCUAGACUGCCAUGGAAAAUUCGAAAGCACUGGACGGCCGUUUCGUCGUAGCAUGAGACCCCUCAGCAGUGAGCAACCAAAAUCGUACCGCGGGAUUCGAAUACAAGACCUUCGGUCUCGAGUGCGGACGCUUAACCUCUUGACCACUUAGCCGUUAUUCAACGGCUUUAAUGCUUAACUUCAACCAAUCAACGAUAUUGCUCGACCGUCCGCCAGUGUCUUCAGCAAGUAACUGCCUCACAACAAACCUGGUUCAACUCCACUGGUCUCUGCUUCUUACUAGAUCUCCAGGAAACACCACUUGAAGCUAAUCACUAGUGAGCUCAUGAUGAUUAUUAUCAGAAGAGGGAUUUGUGUAGAUUUUGUUAACCUAAUAAUUGAAUUCAUGUGUCAGCUGAAGCUAAAUCACCAGUGAUUCCAGAUUUUCCACGAUGGUCUUAUUUCAACCGACUCAUACAUUCAACUAUUAAAUUACAAAAAUCUUCACAAAACCCUCUUCUGAUAAAAUAAUGUUUAGUUUAUCAAUCACACCAUUGGAUAUGAACAUUUCAAAUUACAGAAAUAAAAUAUACUUAUUAAAUGGUUCAAUAUGAGACUUGGUUAUUCGACGAAGAUUCUUCUGAGAAAGUGGAGGUUUAGUCGAAUGAGGUAGUUUGAAGAGUUGACAUGAAAAAUAACUCAAUUUUAAAUGUGUUUCAUCAAACUUCACUCUCAUCGACUAUCAUGAUAUUCUACACCGUGACGUCAUAAUCUAGCUCAGUGAUUUGAUCGACUAUUCAGGAAUCGUUUAUUUAAGAGCCUCACAAAACCAGAUCUCUUAUGCAAAUUAAGAAUGAAUUUGUUCUCUUCAGAUAAUUAGCAUCCAUUUUCAGAUACAUAACCAACCUGAAGACUUUAUCAAUAAUGAAACAGUUAAGUUGAUUCUGUCAGUUAAAUUUACGUUGAAACAGAAUUGUCUAGUGAGUUUUCAACUCGUUCCUUCCUUGCCUAUGUACAUCCACGACUUCAUUAGUUAUUGAAACUAAGACGAAAUUGGAUUGUAUUGCAUAUAUUAGUAUUAUAACGUGCUAUAUUCUAGUGAAGAUUAAACUAUGGGUACAUUAUGAGGACUAUUAAUGAGCCAAUAUUAUAUACAUAUUCUUAUUGUAUAACUAUUCAGUAAUUAGAUUAUGUAUAUCUAUAUUCCUCUUAUUAUAAGCUUCAUUUAGAACUACAGAUUAUCAUGGUAAGAUUCACGGUUCUUAAGUUAUACUCAGUUUAUUAAUGACAGUCUCCCAGGUUCGCAGCUACUUUUUGGCUUGAUCUUGUAUAAAUGUUGUUUCCUAUUUUAUGAUGUGAUGCGGCCUGUUUAUCUGAUAUAUAAACCGAGUAUGUUUGAAAUAAACGAUUUACAUAGUGGAAGCUGUUGCUGGGGUUCUGGACUCAAGUGGACGAGUUAGGAGGAUAAAGGACCAAUAAGAAUGUUAGGCUUAUUAUAUCAGUCGAAUGUCAUUGGUUUAGCACAGUACUAAGAUUACAUAAGUCAUAUUUCGAUUGACGAAUAAAUCAUAUGAUAAUUAGUCAAACUUAAAGUCACAACAUAACUCUCUCUCUUUGUGAAUGAAUAGGUCAAAUUGUAAAGCUUUCAGUGAUCAACCAAUUGAUGAUUCCAGUUUAUGUCCCAUUCCAUAGAUUUCAUUAAGUUCUAUUUCUUCUUCUUCUUCUUCUUCUUCUUCUUCUUCAUUCAUUCAUUCAUUCAUUCAUUCAUUCAUUUGGAAACUUCCACUAUUCAUAAAGUAUUCUAUGAACAGAUCGUUCUCAGUAUAUGAUCAUUUACUAAUUGAUUGUUUAUUAUGCAAGACUUUGAUCUUUUUUCUUCCAAAAAAAGAUUUAAGCUCAAAUGUAUCAUAUUACUAAUAGUUUUAUGUAAACAACCAAAAAAUGAUGAAAGAUGUUUUCUAUCAUAAUUACCCAUGUAUAAAAUUAGAACAUAAUACUUUAUUGAAUUAGUUUUAGUAUGCCUUUUAUGAAAAAAAGUAUUAUUCAUUUCUUAUAUUUCAGUAUCCCAUCUAUACUACUGAUUAUGAUAAAAAAUAACAUUAUCACUAUGCAUUAAUCAACGUAGUCAGUCAGUCAGUCAGUCAGUCAGCUACAACGUAGGACCAGGCACAUAUAUGCAUCAGUCCAAGUUGCCAUACCUCAUUAGCAUAACAACAUGAAUACCAAAUUCAUAGAAGAAGUUAGUUCAGUGGUGUUAAUAUAUAAAAGAAAGAUUGUAUAUAAGGAUAUAGCAAAGGAAGAAAGAAAGAUAUGAAGCAAUUUUAAUCUCUUAGUUUAAGGGAAGACAGAGAGUGUAUACACCGACGCCAUUGUGAUCGAUUCUAGGCCAUAUCACACAGUCUCCAGUAAUUGGUUACGAUAGUCACACCGAUCCCAACCUAGUAUUUUGUAUCUACCGACAUAGCUAAGACUAGAAGUUGGUGACUUUAUGGACUGAUGCCACGUUUUGGUUUGGCCGCCUCAAAAUCAACGUAGAAUAAAUAGACAAUCAAUGAAUUGAACCAAUGUCCGAUGGAGAUUGUGUAGUGAUGAUGAAGGUGGACAUAAAUAAUUUAGAUGAUAUAUUUGUAGAUAUCCCAAUAAGUAGAAAAAUGAGAUUUUCUGAUGUUUCGUAACUUAAUGUAAGUCACUUCUUCAGAGAAUAUAAUAUACAUUUAUUCAUAACAAUCUACCCAAAGCUCAAUUUAUUCGAAAUUUUUUGAUUGAAAUCAUGAGUCAAUUGAAACCAGACCACCAUAGAAAACCUGGAAGCACUGGACGGCCGUUUCGUCCUAGUAUGGGACGCCUCAGCGAUGCGCAUCCACGAUCCUGCACCCCGCGAGAUUCGAACCCAGGGCCUACAAUGCCAACAAUCUCCACAACACCUAAACUGAUAAUUACCAUGUUCUCACUAGUGACUAGCUUCGUGAGAAAAUUCUCGGAGUUCUGGUGAGAAACCGUGACCAGUGGAGCUAAUCCGUUUCGGGUAGAAACAGGUGUCUACCUCAGUACAAUGGAAGAUGGUCGCACAAUUUCGUGGAUUGGUUGAGGUUAGACAAUAACACCACUGGAUGCUGGCUCAGUGGUCUAGUUGGUUAAGCGCCUCGCGCGAGACUGAUAGGCCCUGAGUUCGAGUCCCGCUAACGUGUCCGUGGGUGCUCACUGUUGAGGAGUCCCACAAUAGGACGAGACAGACGUUCAGUGCUUCCAGGUUUUCCAUGGUGGUCUAGCUUCAAGUGACUCGUGAUUUCAAUCAAAAACUUAACAAUCUUAACAACACCUUAAAUGAUUAUUCGAAAUUAUCAUAUUAAACCUUGGUAAUGAUACCUAUAGAUAACUUAGGUUUGUUCAUAUUAUUUAUAACAUAUGAAAAUCUCCAUAAACCACCUGAUUAAUAAUAAUUGUACCUUGAUCUUCAAUGAUCGAUUUGCGGAUUUCAUUCUAGAACUGUAGUGAAAAGCUGUGAUUAGUGAAGUUCAACCAUGUUAUAUGUGAUGAAGUAACCUAGUGAAGAUAAUUAAACAUGGUUUUACAUUACCAUUGAAGUUAAACAUAUAAACCACUAGAUUCCGAAUCAGUAAUUUCGAUGAUAAGCUUUCUUGCGAGAGAUUAAAGUUCCUGCGAUCAAACCUCAGUGUUAGGAUUCUGGAUAAGAAUGUAGUGUCGGUUACUAUGUUAAGCCCUUAUAACUUAUUCUAGCUUCUGGACAGGCCAAUUUAUCCAUUCUUCAUGAGUUACAUUUUGACCUUGUUAAUUACUUGCUUAUUAACUUUGACUCUUCUAAUAUGAGCGUAUGUGUGUGUGCACUUCUUAUCCUACUAAUCACAUGUCUAUUGCUUACAUCUGUGUGAUUAUAAAUAUUGAUUAACGCUUGAUUAAAUCGAGUUGGCUAAUGCGCCAUCUCCAUCGCGCGUCAUUUCGCUACGUCUUUCUAAUUGUCUGUCUAGAUCAAUCAAUGUACAGAAUAUACAUGGUCAAAACUUCAUUCUCCUAUUCGACUUGUUUUAAUUCCGUUAUACACUAAAACGGAUUACGUAAAUAAUUUUACAUAAGGAUGGACUAUAUGUAUAUUGCCAUAACAAUCAAACAUAUGAUCUAUCUGGAAUCAAAUAUUCGAGUGCCACUACAAGAAACGAUCAAGUGUUCAAUACAUCUAUAUUGUGCUUUCUAGUUUUCAAUAGACUUCUAACUUAGUUCACUUCAUAAUAUCAAUCAUAAUCAAUAAUCCCUCAUUAAUCACUAUCCUGAAAAUAAUUGUUUUUUUCUAUAUUAAGUAGUAUAUAUAUUAAAAUUUGAGAAAACAAUUAAUGAGUCUUGAGUCAAUUGAAGUUCGACCAUCAUGGGAAACUUGUAAGCACUGGACGGCCAUUUCGUCCUGUUGUGGGACUAUAAUAUCCACGAAAAAUCCUUCUGAUAUUAAUCAACAUGUGCUAACUAGUGACUAUCUUCAAGAGGUAUUUCCUGGAGUUCUAGUGAGAAGCAGUGACCAGUGGAGUUGAAUCGAGUUUGUUGUGAAGUAGUAACUCACUGAAGACAUUGGUUGAUGGUGGUUGAAUUUCGUGGAUUGGUUGAAGUUAGACAUUGACACCAUUGGAUGCAGGCUCAGUGGUCUAGAGGUUAAGCCUUCGCGCGGGAGACUGAUUGAUCCUGGUUUUGAAUGUUGCCAGGCGAGAUCGUGGAUGCGUACUGCCAACGAGGAGUCCGACAAUAGGAUGAAACGGCCAUCUAGUGCUGCCAGGUUUUCCAUGGUAGUCUAGCUUCAAUUGACUCAUGAUCUCAACUAUUGAGAUAUGUAAAAAUCAGAAUAAUAUCCACGAAAUUCCCUUCUGGUAUUAAUUAAUGGGUCAUCUAAUGUAAAGUGUGAUCGAUAAGCAGACCCACCAAUGAUAAAUUCACUUGAUGUUGUUUUACUUGUAUCUUCCCAUUGUUAUUUAGGACUGCAACUGAUCAGUCUCAUGUUGGCAUAUGUGCAUCCUAUGCGGAUUGCCUGGAUAUAGCCUUAAGUCACAAGCUUUUUAAACAAAGAGGAGUGAACAUCAACUCUGGGAUACAUGUACAUCCAGCUUGACGAGUCCUAAAUAGGGCGGAACACGCGUCCUGGUUUCCACUGAUAGCUACUAUCCAUCCCAGCAAUGAUAAUAUGAAACGCCUACCACCACAUUAACUUUCUUUGACCUUGUAUGACUAUGCCCUGUUUAUUGAAAAAUCACAAUUUUAUGUUCAUUAAAAAACAUUAUUCGCUUCGUUGACUAAUAUUCCCUAUCCUCUGGUUACUGUUUCGUAUGUUAUUUAUGUCUCUCCUUUUUUCUGUUUAAUAGACUGUACAGUUUAUUUGUAUAUUAACAGUGUUAACUUAUGUAUUAGAAACAGAUCAGGUUUAUCAAGCCAAGUAGCUUAUAUGUUCUGACUGGCUAAACCAAAACUGUGUGCUCAACGGUCCAGAGAAUAGCAUAGAAUUACUCCUGUCGAAAAUUUACUUUCCACAUCUAAUGUAAAUUUAAUUAAUCAGUCUUACAUUCGUCUCAUUAUCUCAUAAUACAAUCGCUUUUUUUCUCUUCUCCUUCAUUUUAUUUACAUAAAGAUUACAUAACAAAAGUAAACAAUUCGAAUAUCCUUCUUCUUCAUUAUAAAAAGUAAAUGAACGAACAUUUACAACUACCAACGAACUAUCCGUUCGAAGAUUAGAGAUUCAUAUACACAACAAUCAUGCAUUAUCAUCAGUGUCUAGUAACUUUUAUGGGUACAAUUGUAUUACUGACAAUCGUACAUGAUGUAACAGGUUCUGGUUUCUGGGAAGAGGAAACUAGUAAGCUUGACUGACAUUUACUUCCUAUUUACAUCUUGAAUAAAUCACCCUGAUAUUGUCAUUUGAAUACGAGUUGUAAUGAAGUUGAAUUGUGUCUAACAGUGUAAUCAGAUAAUCUUGUUUCGUAUCUUCCCGAAGUCAUCAACUUGACUCACUUAUAAUUCACUUCACAGUCUUCUUAACUUAAACAAGUAUCCCUCUAAAACACAAUCAUGAUUGUGUAGGUUGAUAAAUGUCUAUCAAUAAUUGAUCUGUAUGAUCUUCAAUGACAAAGAAGGAACUCAUCAAUUCCUAAUCCAUUUAUAUUUCUAUCACAGGAAACAUUCUAACACACACAUAUCUAUAGUUCACUUCAUAAUGUAACAUACAUUGCCACUGACAAUCGUUCAGUGAAUGAUACUUUGUAGUUGUCUUUCACAUAACAUUUGAUCGUGGUUAAAUUAACUACCACUGAACAUGAUAAUUGAAAUUGUGUUUCAGCUACAAGUGAGUUCUAAUGUGAAUGUGUCUUAUAACUGAUUAUUUAUGCAAUUAUAUUCACAAUAUAAUUAGUUAAGCUGAGAUUCCUAUAUGACUGAUUAACGAGUGGUUUGGAUUCAAUUGGAUGCGAGUCAUGGGCAUAUGUUGUGCUUAAAAUAAUCCGUUCGUCCUUGUCAAUAGAUAUCCGAAGGCGUAAUGAGGUAGCCAAAUCUCAGUAAAACAUCAUCUUAAGAAACAGAACGUACUAAUGAAGCACGUAUACGUAAGUUGUAAAAACCCAUUCACUGUUAACUAAAUUCAAAUUUUCUUUGUUUGAUAAUAACACAUUUGAGACUUUAAACCGAGAAGAUUACCGAUAGAGAUGAAGUUCCUACGACUACCGAUCAUCAAGGUUUUCCAAGAUAAGUAAACAUCUGAAAUGAAUCAUAAUGUCGAGUUAUGCAGAUCUUAUCAAAGAUUUGUCCACUCGUUCAUGAUGCAUUUAAUGUGACAUCUGUAUUUACCACAGUUUUGAAUAAAUUACAUAAUUACUCAUCAUUUAUUUAUGAUUAAUAGAGUAAAAAGCGAAAGUCUAUUUUAAUUACAGCUUCAACAACGCGUAAGUUUUAAGUCCUUACCAUUUCUACCUAUGGGAAUUGUCAACGUUCUGUUUUGUUAAUCAAUAUUGGAGUUAUUGAUAAAGAGUUUUAAGUGAAGAGUUAACAAAGAGAUCUGAUCUUGUGUUGUUUGUAUUCAGGACAUCAUAAAGCAAGUAUUUUGAACUAUUACACGAACGAGGAUCCUGUGAAUUUCCCUCUGUCAGAUGAACACGUUAUUUCAGACUAGUCUAUCUUGAUUGAUUGAACGGUUAGUUGAUUAUGCGAAUGUGUGUGUGUGUGCAAAAUGCAUGCUAAAUCGAAUAAUCGCCUAUGUGUAAAUCAAUGAGUCUUCACUCAUAUGAUUAUUGGUAAAGGUGUGUGUUGAUCGACCAAUAUUCAAUCUUCAAUAAUACAAAUCGAAUAAUUCACACUUUCACUUAAAGUGAUAUAAACACUAUAUCUCAAAACAAGUAAGUGACUAACUGAACUGAGUAGAUCAAUGAAUACACAACUCUCUGGCAUUUAAAGUGAAAGAUACCGCGUUCGAAUCCUAGUGUGUAAAAACCAACAUCCCCAACUACGCAUACCCAACAGACGACUAUCAAAUAAGACAAAGAGUAUCUGUUCCAUUUCCAGACUAACAGCACAGAGAAUCAUGCACACUUCAUAAAUAUGGAUCAUUACUCAUUUUAUAUAAUUUGAAGUUUCAUGAAACGUUUCCAAAGCAUGAAUUAAAUAUAAACUCUCCUCGUCCUUAAUACAAUUCUAUCCACAGCUACGGGUUCAGCCAACUCCAUGAAAGUGUCUUGGAUAACCAUUUCAUCAAUCUCCAUGAUAGUGAUUGGACUGAUCAAUGGUCAUUUAAGAAGAUUCAUCUUCUAGGAUAUGACAAAUAUUGAUUGCAACAGAAGCUUAUUUUGUAUGUUACAUUACUAGUAUUCUUUGAAAAAUACAGAAAUACUUUGGUGUAAA